CUUAAAUCAACAUUAAUUAUCGGCAUAUUCUUAGUUAUCACUAAUCAAAGAAUUAUUUUAAUGGUUAAUGGCAUUAUUUAUAUUAAUGUAGGCAAAACAUUGUGAUUUGUUAUUAACAUUUAACUGCGCCAUUAAUAUAAAAUUGCGCGUUGGCAAUUGGCACAACUUCUGAUAAACAGAUUCUCCUAUUAUUUUGUUUGAGUUUUAUUAUUUUGCUAUAAUGUUGUCGAGAAAUACUGUAUAAGUUAUAACGUGCAAAGCCGUGUAAUAAUUGUUAUAAGGUAAUUAAAAGAAGAUGUCUUACGCUACUAAAAUAUAUGUUAUAUAUACACCUGUCGUAUCCGGUUAAAUGUUUAAGCCAACAGAAUUAUUUAAAACUAAAAAGCUACAGAAGUGUGUUAUAAAUGGAUUAAUUAAAGCAUUCAAUUAAAUUAAUUUUAGUUGCGGCAAAUUGGUUAUUUUUGAAAUAUUUAUGUUAAUACAUGUCAACUAUGGAAAGUUUUAUGGAAUCACCUGAAAAAGAACAUCAACUUAAAACUCGGUUAGAACAAUUACAAUACGAAUACUUCAAUGGACGCCCCGAGUGGACUACUGUUUCUUUAGGUGAUCUGAAUUUGUAUAUUGCAUAUACAUAUUUCGGAACACCUUUUCGAAAUGAUGAUCAAAUGGAAGAAAAUGUCUUGGAAUCUUUCAAUGGAACAUGUGAUAUUUUUACUCAAUACUCAAAUGAAGAACAAGAUCAUAUAAAUAAAAUUGUUGAAGUAAUUAAAAACAAUAUUAUUAAAGAUCAGUUGCAAUUUACUGAAAUUGAAAUCGGAGCAACGCUUGUGCAUAGUAUUUGUAAAAUUAAAUGUGAAGAUUGUAAGGAUUUUCCGGAAAAAGAUAUUCAUACUUGGUGUUUAUUAAGAAUAAAAAUAAAUAAAUCUAUAACUUCUUAUAUUGAUGUUUCAUUCAGUAGAUCGUAUGAUGAUUGGAAAAAUUAUUUAGAAUAUAAUACAUUACCCGACGGAUAUAUAUUUUAUCCAAAAUCUGGCAUUUACAAUGAAGCAGAUUACUUGGAACAAGGUUAUACACCAGCGGCCAGUACACAUACCAAAGUAUUAAACACCGUUGAUGUUGUGGGGAGAGUCACUUCAUUUGUAUCUGGUGCGUUAAUGGUAGGCGGAUUAUUUGUUCCCGUUAUGGCACCUGUUUUAUUACCAGCGGCUGCUGUAGCAGCUGGAUCUUCCGCGUGGGAUGCUGGGAGGCAAAUUAACAGUUUGGUCGAUAGAGGACAACACAACCAAUCUUUAUCUGACGCCGAAGCGGGAAAACAUUGGCUAAAUCUAACAAUUUCAACAUUAGGAGUUAUUACCGCUCCACUGACUGCUGGAGUUAAAACAUUAGAACUGAGUGGUUCUUCUAUUAUAGCGUCAAAGUAUGGCAAAACCCUAUUGAUGUUGAAAGAUGGAGCUUGUAUUACACAAUGUUCAUUAAGCAUUAUUGGAUUAACAACCGACAUUAUAAGUGGUGUAACAAUGAAAAAAUUGUUAAAUAGCAUUCUUACGUAUCUACGAUUAGACGUUUUUGUUGUUACGGGAAUGUUUUUAUCCUUACCAAUCAUACGAACAAUUUAUCAAUCUGUUGCAGAAUGUUUUCCAUGCUCAAGUAACAUGUUAUAUCAAAAUAUCUUCAGCGAAAAGACUAUACCCUUUUUUUUAAUCACAAAAUUUUUCAAAGGAGCUGUUCGUUAUGCAAAGAGAUAUUUUGAUUAUUUUUACAAAUGUAUAAUUAAGUUCAUGACACAAGAAAUUACUAUUGAGAAACUUAUUUAUGCAUGGAAAGAUAUCAUAAAGUUCUACACUAUGUACAAAGAGCAGAUUAAGAGUAUCGCGCCACCUGAUUACUUAGAAUAUGCUUUGGCUCAUAUGAGUUUGGGACUUUCAGUGGCUGGAGAUAUUGAUGCUGCAAAAAUUAUACUUGGCGGCAGAAAAAUGAAAAAAUUGCUUUCUCAGAUACCAGAACGGUAUAUGGACCAAAAAAUGGUCAUAUUUAGUAUUAAACAAGUUGUGAAAAAGGCCAAUGAAUUGAUGAGUCAGUUAGAUGAUACCGUCCAAGAAUGCAUGAUAAGGGGCGAAACCGACUGUCACAAGAUUACAAAAAUGUUUUGUUUGGAAUACAAAAUCAAAGAAUGUUGUUUGACGGAAUACUUGUUGUAUGGUAUUAGAGAACUUAGAAAAGAUGUGUCGAACCUUGUUAACGAGUAUUUAGUUUACAAAAGCAUCAACCAUGAAUAUUUUAGAAUUGAUUGUGAACCGUUCACUGACAAAUUUAAAAUGUUUGAAAUGCCGUCGCCCACUGAAGUCUUGGAUAAAGAUAUUUGUAUGGAAUUGGCACAAGAAUUAAAUCCUCAAGAAGAUGCUUACAACUUGUAUGAGUUUAAAUUGGUGGAAACCACUAUGUCCAUGUUAUACAUGAAUUCCACUGAUUACAAUAAAUAUGUAUUUUUUAAACUACAGAAAAUCGAAGAAAACUCAAACGUUUGUAUUUCAUUUAUUAAAAUUGCUAAUUCUCAAUACACCUAGAAAAAUAGAUUAGACAAUAACUUUGUAUUAAUAAUAAGUAUGAUGUAAAAGCUUUAUUUUGUCACAUAUAUUCUUUUAGUGAUAAACUAUUAUUUGUUUAUGAUUUAAUUUCUAACAAUAAUGAUUUUUUGAGGUAUGUUUCUGUUUAAAUUUAAUAUAUAAACUACUCAAUAAAAUUAUAUGCUUAAGUUUAGAACACUAAUUUAAUUUUAA